ACGGCAGAUUAGUACUACGGUGGGUGACCACGUGGGAAUCCCUGCUGCUGUAUGUUUUGCAUUUCUUUUAUCCUCUUCCUGUUUCUUGAUCUUGCAUUACAAUCAGAGACACAAGAAUUUGUCUAUCAUCGCUGGUUUCUCACAUGCACACUGAUCCAGUCAAGUUUGCAGGCCUUCUGGAAGGUCGCACUGGUCAAGUGUGAAAGUGCUUUGAUCUUUGUUUCUUGUCUCAAUAUCAUUGUCCAUGAGAGACACUUGGAAUUACGGUAUCGAAUCUAUACAAGAGCGAAUGGCAAAGAUCAAAUCUGUAUUGCGAGCAAACGUUACAUCACUAAAACCCAGCAUGAAGUCAAUUUUCCGAAGCAGACAGCACAGCAAAGCAGAGUCAGAGACAUCGGACAGAAACAGCGGAUCCACAACGAACGGAGAAGUCGCUCCAACAUCAUCGAUUGAGUGGUGGCUUGCUCGUGAGAACGCCUUCGAUACAGCGUGUCGGGUAUACCAACAAUUGCAUAGGGACUCGGACAAAUCUUACUACUCACGCGAGCAGGACUACGAUCAAAGUGAGGGAGAUUCGGAGUCUCUAACUUCUCUCAGCCCAUCAUCUUCGGAUUGGAACGCCAGUUGUUUGUUCUGGAGUGCUCGGCGUUCCAAAAUGUGGGUUACUCAUGUUGCGAGCAGCAGAUGGACUACCAUUGAUCUGGAGGACGGCAGCAACAGAUUCACCGAGCCAGCAGCAACCAUGGCUACACCAGAAUCAGAACCUCGAAUCAAGGCCCCUACCGAACAUGAAGGCGAAACCGAGAAGAAGCCUGAAAGCAAGACGGACAGUGUGAUCGAGAUCAAGCCCACUGCUGUCAAGCUCCAACACAAACCGAAAUUGACCUUGCAGAUACCCAACGUCGUGCCAGCUUACUACUUCGGUCGCGAGCCAAACGAUUACUCCAGCUGUAAGUCUCGUGUUACGAGCGAGGAGCGUGUCGAGUGGAAGAAGAACAUGUUCUGAGGAAUCGAUUUAGGACGUGGCGGUAAGGCGGGGGUCAACAGGCAGGCGAACCAUAUAAAUGGAUGCGCAGAAGUGCAGAGGCAAUGCAGCGUUUUGGAAGAGUCCUGAAUGCUGGACAAUUUGUAUGCAAUGGGGGCGGAGCAGCGACAGAUUGUGAGGGUAAGCUGGAUGACUAAGAUUACUUUGUUGGAUGAUGAUUCCCAGCCUCGUCGGCAGAGAGCAAGUCCGAAUGGAGAACGAUACAUGCCGCGUACCUUCCUUGACAAGUUUGUGAGGUUUACGACACGCCACUGUGUUUGGAGGAUUGUCAAUGUCGUGCGCGAUAUAUAUACAAAUAGAAACACGUGUCA